AUGUUGCAGAUCUGGGGGCAGAAACAGCACAACAGGAACAAUGGAACAAAACUGAAGCCUAGGUACUUGUACAUCAAAAUGCUUGGUCCAGGAGGGAACAUCUCUAGCUCCCCUGAUUUCUCGGGCAACUGGGCAUCUGGUGGGGAGCACCGACUCCACAAGCUCAGCGCAGUAGCCGCCGGAGGCGAGACUGGUGUUAAGAACAAGUUUAAGCAUUGCUGGUGUAGACAAGCUCAGAGUAUCCCACAUACAACUCAGUAUUUCUGCCCAGAGGAUUGGAUUGGUUUCCAAAAUAAAUGCUAUUACUUCUCUCAAGAAGAAGGGGAUUGGAACUCAAGUAAACACAACUGCUCUACUCAACUAGCUGAUCUAACUGUGAUUGACACUACAGGAGAAAUGAACUUUCACAGGAGAUUCAAAAGCAGUUCUGAUCACUGGAUUGGGCUGGAAAUGACAGAAGAUCAAACAGCAAAAUGGAUAAAUGGAGCCUUAUUUAACAAGUGUUCAAGUUUUAAUAUAAGAGGAAGUGAAAAAUGUGCUUACCUGAAUGAUGAUGGAGUGGCAACAGCCAGAUGCUACACCAAAAGAAAAUGGAUUUGCAGGAAAAAAAUUAACUAA